CUGGUCUGAAAACGCCUGGCAUCUGAAACGGCUCAGGCUUGCUGGAGGCAACCUGGUGAACCCGCGGAUGCUGUGAACCAGGCACUGACCAAAAAGCGGGAGAGCUCCAGGAUUCCUCCCCGGAAAAGAUUGGGGAGCAUGGCUGCUAAGAAGCUAAGAAGAGCAAGGUUGUCUCAGGAGCUGUGUGAAAGGCUGAGUCGCCAUCAGAUCAUUACCUGUCAGGACUUUUUAUGUCUUUCCCUCUUGGAGCUAAUGAAAGUGACAGGACAGAGCUACCAUGAUGUGCAGAAGCUUCUUUGUAAAGUCAGCCGAGCUUGUGCUCCCAAAAUGCAGACAGCUUAUGAAAUGAAGCUGAGGAAGUCUGUCAAUCCAUCUUCAGCCUUUUUAUCUACCACGCUGCAUAGUUUGGAUAAAGUCUUGCAUGGUGGAGUGCCUUGUGGAUCACUCACAGAGAUAACUAGCCCACCAGGUUGUGGCAAAACUCAAUUUUGUAUUAUGGUGAGUGUUCUGGCUACACUGCCUGUAAGCAUGGGAGGACUAGAUGGGGCUGUUAUAUACAUUGACACAGAGUCUGCGUUCAGUGCUGAAAGGUUGAUUGAGAUAGCAGGAAACAGAUUCCCUACUUAUUUUGACUCAGAUGAAAAGCUGUACUGCAUGACCCGUAGCGUUCACCUGUAUCGAGAGCUGACGUGUGACAGUGUACUGAAGAGGAUUAUGUCUUUGGAAGAAGAAAUUAUUUCAAAGAAAGUUAAACUCAUAAUAAUUGACUCUGUUGCUUCAGUUGUCAGAAAGGAGUUUGACACACAGCUCCAAGGCAACCUGGCAGAGAGAAGUAACUUUUUGGCUAGAGGAGCAUCAGUGUUGAAGUAUUUGGCAGAGGAGUUCUCAAUACCAGUUAUCUUGACGAAUCAGAUUACCACAUCGCUGAGCAAUGGCCUUGUGAUCCAGGCAGACCUGGUGUCUCCAGCUGAUGAUUUGUCCCUGUCUGAAGGAGCUUCUGGAAGUGGGAAGAGGGAAUCCGGUUGUGUGACAGCAGCCCUCGGCAACACAUGGAGUCACAGCGUCAACACCAGGCUCAUCCUACAAUAUCAUGACUUGCCGACAAGACAGCUCCUGGUUGCUAAAUCCCCUGUUGCUCCAUUCUCUGCUUUUUUCUACACCAUUGAGAAAUCAGGGUUGGUUCUUCAAGGCUGAGCUGGGGAAUGAGUGGUCACACAACUGACCCGUAGCCUCCCACCUACCACAGCAGCAGUGAGGACAAGGAGCCACCUGAGCCACUGUUUGAUUUUCAUUUGGAAGAUUUGUCAUGCCCUAGGAAAAGAUCCUAAGCAGUGUCCAGAACUCAGAGCAAGUACAGAUUUCUCUAGUGUAAAAUGAACUAAAUUCCACUGUCACAUCUGAACACGAGGAGAGAAGGGUGUCCCUCCAGCUGGUCCCAGCUGCCUGGGCUCAGGAAGGACACCACUUACUGCUGUAUCACUCAAGGGGUCAGGAAAGUUCAGCACACAAACUGAAUCUGCAAACUCGAGUCCUCUUCUGGCAGAGGGGGUAAAUGAGCUGGCCCACCUGAGGGCUGCAGCAGACAGCGCGGCACUAAUUGAGGCUGGCUUGCCUCACGGUCAGUUCAAGAGCAUGUCUUUUGUGGACAGAUCUUUGCAGAAAAAGAGCCUUGGCUGAGGAUGAAGCUGCCUGCCUCCCUUUGCUCCCCUUCCACUGGAACAACUGUGUCCACCGACACCUGUUUUCAGUGUAGCUUCUUGACUAUGCCUGGGUUGAUGGUCCAGAGAGGACUGCACAAUUGUCAUUAAAUUUGUUCACCUGUCCUUCCCAUGGUGUGAAAAGUGAGUGAUAAUUUAGUAACUUGUCCAAAGUAAUUACUUGUCCAAGAAGAGUAAAAGUCUGCAGGGACGCACAAGUGAUAAGUCUGUGGUAAAUCGGGUUUGCCACCUGUCUGUUACGGUUCAGAGGGUAUGGAUUUUAUUGAAUGACUAAGGGCCUUUUUGUCCAUAAAGUACAAGACGUGACAAGGGGCAUCUGCUGAUGAUGUUGAUUUCAGGAAGUGU